ACAACUUCGGAUGGGACCGAUAGUCUUGUGGUGUAUACAACCUUCUGUCGUGUCGUAACACUGGAUAUUUUAAUGAUUUAACCGACUGUUAUGUCAGACCUACCUGUUGUGUGAUGAACUGAUGGAUCGGUGAGAAUAACGGGUACACAAGGUGUAAAAUAUGGCAGUGUGCUGAGCAGGACUCUAGAUGGCAGAAUUGAGAAGUGAUUGGGCACGUACCGCGCCAUGGAGAGGGUGCGUCGUUCUGGUUUUAUUGCUCAUGUCUGGCGCACAACUGAUGCUUCUGACAUCAGCGUCUUCCACCACAGCAGUGCCGACCAGCACCUACGAGUCGGCUACUACGGACGCUGGUACUUUAUCGACACCUGGCUUUAUAUAUAACACAUCGACAGAAAGAAAUCAAGCUAGUACCGCUUCAUUAACUAACACGGCAUCAGUGUUCAAUACACCGUCAUUUGACACAUUAUAUGACACAACAACACCGUCAUUUGACACAUCAUCAGACACAACACCGCCAUUUGACACAUUAUAUGACACAACAACACCGUCAUUUGAAACAUCAUCAGACACAAUACCGCCAUUUGACACAUUAUAUGACACAACACCGUCAUUUGACACAUCAUCUGAUACAACACCGUCAUUUGACACAUCAUAUGACACAACACCGUCAUUUGCCACAUCAUAUGACACAACAACACCGUCAUUGGACACAUCAACUGAAGCAAUAGCACCGUCAUUAUACACAUCAAUUGAAACAACACCGUCAUCGGACACAUCAAUUGAAACAUCAACACCGUCAUUUGACACAUCAUCUGAAACAAUAACACCUUCAUUUGACACAUCAACUGACAAAACACCGUCAUUGGGCACAUCAAUCGAAACAACAACUCCGUCAUUGGACACAUCAAUCGAAACAUCAACACCGUCAUUUGACACAUCAAUCGAAACAACAACUCCGUCAUUGGACACAUCAACUGACACGACAUCGUUACUUGACACAUCAACUGACACGACAUCGUUACUUGACACAUCAACUGACACGACAUCGUUACUUGACACAUCAACUGACACGACAUCGUUACUUGACACAUCAACUGAAACAAAAACACCGGCAUUUGACGUAUCUACCGAAACAAAAACAACUUCAUUUGACACAUCCAUGGAAACAACAACACCGUCAUUUGACACAUCAUCUGAAGCAACACCACCAUUUGACACAUCAACUGACACAACACCACCAUUUGACACAUCAACUGACACAACACCACCAUUUGACACAUCAACUGACACAACACCACCAUUUGACACAUCAACUGACACAACAACACCAUUUGACACAUCAUCUGACACAACACCACCAUUUGACACAUCAUCUGACACAACACCACCAUUUGACACAUCAACUGACACAACAACACCAUUUGACACAUCAUCAGACACAACACCACCAUUUGACACAUCAUCUGACACAACACCACCAUUUGACACAUCAUCUGACACAACACCACCAUUUGACACAUCAACUGACACAACACCACCAUUUGACACAUCAACUGACACAACACCACCAUUUGACACAUCAACUGACACAACACCACCAUUUGACACAUCAACUGACACAACACCACCAUUUGACACAUCAACUGACACAACACCACCAUUUGACACAUCAUCUGACACAACACCACCAUUUGACACAUCAUCUGACACAACACCACCAUUUGACACAUCAACUGACACAACACCACCAUUUGACACAUCAUCUGACACAACACCACCAUUUGACACAUCAACUGACACAACACCACCAUUUGACACAUCAUCUGACACAACACCACCAUUUGACACAUCAACUGACACAACACCACCAUUUGACACAUCAACUGACACAACACCACCAUUUGACACAUCAACUGAUACAACACCACCAUUUGACACAUCCACGGAGACAACACCGUUAUUUGUCUCAUCAACUGAAGCAACAACACCGUCAUUUUAUACUCCUAAAUCUACACCAUAUUAUUCUACCCGAAAUGAACGUAAUCCAUCUAUUACGCUAACACCAUUGUUCACAACCUCAGAAUCGACAAUACCAGAUAACAACACCGACUCUUUAACAAGCGAUGCAAAUCUUCAAGUGCUUGUAAAUCGUACGUCCUAUUUCGUCACAUCCGGUACCAAAGUAACGCUGUCCUGUUAUGUUUCGCCGGCCUCACCGGAUACAUACGUGUUUUGGCAGCAGCAGUUCUCUGACAUAACUGUAAACAUUACCAUCGAUGGCAUUAAGUACACGGGUUCUACCUUGGCCAAUGCGUCUCUAACCAUCCACAACACCUUCUUCAGCGACUCCGGUAGUUAUGUAUGCAACGCAGUCAACACCAUUGAUGCUGCUUCAAGCACUCCCAUACAGCUCUCAGUCACUGAAGAUGGAAUGUGCGGCCUCUGUAGCUAUAAUGGAUACUGUGUAAAUGGGUCGAACGGAACAGAGUGUAACUGUACCAGUUCAUAUACAGGGGAAUUCUGUCGAUACUACAACGCUUGUGCGGAGAUCGGAACAUGUAAUUCAAACGAAUCCUGUAUGGUAAUAGACGGAACCGACGACGGAUACAAGUGUUCUAAUGGUACCCAUAUAACAUUUGGCUACGAACCCUUCUGUAAAUACUGUACUUAUCGAGGAGAUUGUCUAACGGUGAACGACCAGACCACAUGCAGCUGUUCAGAUUUUGGUUUCACAGGAGCUCAGUGUGAAUUCUUCAUUCCUUGUGCUUAUGACUGUCCGGGAAACUCUACUUGUGUGUCAACAAACACUAUGGGUGACUUUUUCUGCCUGGAAAAUAACGAGUACCUAACUGAGUGUGGAUUUGAAUACGGCUGUGAGGAUCAACCAUGUAUUUUUAACGAUAGCAACAUCCACUGUCAGUGUGGGGAUGGUUUCACUUUAGGUGUCGGCAAGUGUAACAACAUAAACGAAUGUAAAGAUCCAGCCUUAAACAACUGUACACAGGAAUGUACCGACACACCUGGAAGUUACGAGUGUGCAUGUUUUAGUGGAUUCAUAAUGACCUCAUUAGGAUGUAACGAUAUCAAUGAAUGUGCAAACGGUAGUCUAAAUAAUUGCAGUGACGAGUGCCAUAAUUUCCCAGGUGGCUUCAACUGCAGUUGUUUUUCUGGAUACAAUUGGAACGGAACAAUCUGUGUUGACAUCGACGAAUGUUCAAACAGUUCAUUUAAUAACUGCACACAUGAUUGUUUCAAUUUUGAUGGAGGAUUCGAAUGCAAAUGUUUUUCGGGAUUUUAUGGGAAUGACACGUAUUGUCUUGACACAAACGAGUGCUCAAGCAGCUCUUUAAACAACUGUACUCAGAAAUGUAACAAUUUUCCAGGAGGAUACAAUUGCUCAUGUUUUGAAGGAUUUUCAUGGACUGAAACGAAUUGUCAAGAUGUCAACGAAUGCUCUAAUAGCUCUUUGAACAACUGUACUCAGAAAUGUAACAAUUUUCCAGGAGGAUACAAUUGCUCAUGUUUCGAAGGAUUUGUUUGGAAUGAAACGAAUUGUGAAGAUGUCAACGAAUGCUCAAACAGCUCUUUAAACAACUGUAGUCAGAAAUGUAGCAAUUUUCCUGGAGGAUACAAUUGUUCAUGUUUUGAAGGAUUCUUUUCAAAUGAAACAAAUUGUCAAGAUGUUAACGAGUGCUCAAAUAGCUCUUUGAACAACUGUAGCCAGAAAUGUUACAAUUUUGAAGGAGGGUAUAAUUGUUCAUGUUUUGAAGGAUUUUCAUGGAAUGAAACGAAUUGUCAAGAUGUCAACGAAUGCUCAAACAGCUCUUUAAACAACUGUACUCAGAAAUGUAACAAUUUUCCAGGAGGAUACAAUUGUUCAUGUUUUGAAGGAUUUUCAUGGAAUGAAACGAAUUGUCAAGAUGUCAACGAAUGCUCUAAUAGCUCUUUGAACAACUGUACUCAGAAAUGUAACAAUUUUCUUGGAGGAUACAAUUGUUCAUGUUUUGAAGGAUUUUCAUGGAAUGAAACGAUUUGUCAAGAUGUUAACGAGUGCUCAAAUAGCUCUUUGAACAACUGUAGCCAGAAAUGUUACAAUUUUGAAGGAGGAUACAAUUGUUCAUGUUUUGAAGGAUUUUCAUGGAAUGAAACGAAUUGUCAAGAUGUCAACGAAUGCUCAAACAGCUCUUUAAACAACUGUACUCAGAAAUGUAACAAUUUUCCAGGAGGAUACAAUUGUUCAUGUUUUGAAGGAUUUUCAUGGAAUGAAACGAAUUGUCAAGAUGUCAACGAAUGCUCUAAUAGCUCUUUGAACAACUGUAAUCAGAAAUGUAACAAUUUUCUUGGAGGAUACAAUUGUUCAUGUUUUGAAGGAUUUUCAUGGAAUGAAACGAAUUGUCAAGAUGUCAACGAAUGCUCAAACAGCUCUUUAAACAACUGUAGUCAGAAAUGUAACAAUUUUCUUGGAGGAUACAAUUGUUCAUGUUUUGAAGGAUUUUCAUGGAAUGAAACGAUUUGUCAAGAUGUUAACGAGUGCUCAAAUAGCUCUUUGAACAACUGUAGCCAGAAAUGUUACAAUUUUGAAGGAGGAUACAAUUGUUCAUGUUUUGAAGGAUUUUCAUGGAAUGAAACGAAUUGUCAAGAUGUCAACGAAUGCUCUAAUAGCUCUUUGAACAACUGUACUCAGAAAUGUAACAAUUUUCCAGGAGGAUACAAUUGCUCAUGUUUUGAAGGAUUUGUUUGGAAUGAAACGAAUUGUCAAGAUGUCAACGAAUGCUCAAACAGCUCUUUAAACAACUGUAGUCAGAAAUGUAACAAUUUUCCCGGAGGCACAAGUUGUUCGUGUUACUAUGGAUACAUUUGGAACGGAACAGAGUGUGAAGACAUCAACGAAUGUGCGAACAGUUCAUUUAAUAAAUGCACACAUGAUUGUUUCAAUUUUGAUGGAGGAUUCGAAUGCAAAUGUUUUUCGGGAUUUUAUGGGAAUGACACGUAUUGUCUUGACACAAACGAGUGCUCAAACAGCUCUUUAAACAACUGUACUCAGAAAUGUAACAAUUUUCCAGGAGGAUACAAUUGUUCAUGUUUUGAAGGAUUUGUUUGGAAUGAAACGAAUUGUCAAGAUGUCAACGAAUGCUCAAACAGCUCUUUAAACAACUGUAGUCAGAAAUGUAACAAUUUUCCCGGAGGACACAAUUGUUCGUGUUACUAUGGAUAUAUUUGGAACGGAACAGAGUGUGAAGACAUCAACGAAUGUGCGAACAGUACUCUGAACAACUGUAGCCAAGAUUGUUUUAAUUUGCCUGGAAGUUUUGACUGUAACUGUCAUGUUGGCUUCACGUGGAAUGGAACUACGUGCAAUGACGUCAACGAAUGUUCCAACACAACACACAGUCCUUGUCAACAAGAUUGUGAGAAUUCCAUCGGGAGCUAUCAGUGCGUGUGUUUUGAAGGAUAUACCGAGAAUGGGACAAACUGUUACGAUAUCAACGAAUGUUUGAAUGCACGUUUACACAACUGCAGCCAAAAAUGUGACAAUUCACCUGGCGGUUUUGACUGUUCAUGUUUUGACGGAUACGUUUGGAAUGGAAUAAAUUGUCUUGAUAUCAAUGAGUGCUCAAGUAACACUUUGAACAACUGUAGUCAGAAAUGUAACAAUUUUCCAGGAGGAUAUAAUUGUUCAUGUUUUGAAGGAUUUUCAUGGAAUGAAACGAAUUGUCAAGAUGUCAACGAAUGCUCAAACAGCUCUUUAAACAACUGUACUCAGAAAUGUAACAAUUUUCCAGGAGGAUACAAUUGUUCAUGUUUUGAAGGAUUUUCAUGGAAUGAAACGAAUUGUCAAGAUGUCAACGAAUGCUCUAAUAGCUCUUUGAACAACUGUAAUCAGAAAUGUAACAAUUUUCUUGGAGGAUACAAUUGUUCAUGUUUUGAAGGAUUUUCAUGGAAUGAAACGAAUUGUCAAGAUGUCAACGAAUGCUCUAAUAGCUCUUUGAACAACUGUACUCAGAAAUGUAACAAUUUUCUUGGAGGAUACAAUUGUUCAUGUUUUGAAGGAUUUUCAUGGAAUGAAACGAUUUGUCAAGAUGUUAACGAGUGCUCAAAUAGCUCUUUGAACAACUGUAGCCAGAAAUGUUACAAUUUUGAAGGAGGAUACAAUUGUUCAUGUUUUGAAGGAUUUUCAUGGAAUGAAACGAAUUGUCAAGAUGUCAACGAAUGCUCUAAUAGCUCUUUGAACAACUGUACUCAGAAAUGUAACAAUUUUCCAGGAGGAUACAAUUGCUCAUGUUUUGAAGGAUUUGUUUGGAAUGAAACGAAUUGUCAAGAUGUCAACGAAUGCUCAAACAGCUCUUUAAACAACUGUACUCAGAAAUGUAACAAUUUUCUUGGAGGAUACAAUUGUUCGUGUUACUAUGGAUACAUUUGGAACGGAACAGAGUGUGAAGACAUCAACGAAUGUGCGAACAGUACUCUGAACAACUGUAGCCAAGAUUGUUUUAAUUUGCCUGGAAGUUUUGACUGUAACUGUCAAGUUGGCUUCACGUGGAAUGGAACUACGUGCAAUGACGUCAACGAAUGUUCCAACACAACACACAGUCCUUGUCAACAAGAUUGUGAGAAUUCCAUCGGGAGCUAUCAGUGCGUGUGUUUUGAAGGAUAUACCGAGAAUGGGACAAACUGUUACGAUGUUAACGAAUGUUUGAAUGCACGUUUACACAACUGCAGCCAAAAAUGUGACAAUUCACCUGGCGGUUUUAACUGUUCAUGUUUUGACGGAUACGUUUGGAAUGGGAUAAAUUGUCUUGAUAUCAAUGAGUGCUCAAGUAACACUUUGAACAACUGUAGUCAAAAAUGCAACAAUUUUCCAGGCGGAUAUAAUUGUUCAUGUUUUGAAGGAUUUUCAUGGAAUGAAACGAAUUGUCAAGAUGUCAUCGAAUGCUCAAACAGCUCUUUAAACAACUGUAGUCAAAAAUGCAACAAUUUUCCAGGCGGAUAUAAUUGUUCAUGUUUUGAAGGAUUUUCAUGGAAUGAAACGAUUUGUCAAGAUGUCAACGAAUGCUCUAAUAGCUCUUUGAACAACUGUACUCAGAAAUGUAACAAUUUUCUUGGAGGAUACAAUUGUUCAUGUUUUGAAGGAUUUUCAUGGAAUGAAACGAAUUGUCAAGAUGUCAACGAAUGCUCUAAUAGCUCUUUGAACAACUGUAGUCAGAAAUGUAAUAAUUUUCCCGGAGGACACAAUUGUUCGUGUUACUAUGGAUACAUUUGGAAUGGAACAGAGUGUGAAGACAUCAACGAAUGUGCGAACAGUACUCUGAACAACUGUAGCCAAGAUUGUUUUAAUUUGCCUGGAAGUUUUGACUGUAACUGUCAAGUUGGCUUCACGUGGAAUGAAACUACGUGCAAUGACGUCAACGAAUGUUCCAACAUAGCACACAGUCCUUGUCAACAAGAUUGUGAGAAUUCCAUCGGGAGUUAUCAGUGCGUGUGUUUUGAAGGAUACACCGAGAAUGGUACAAACUGUUACGAUGUUAACGAAUGUUUGAAUACAAAUUUAAACAACUGCACUCAAAACUGUGAGAACUACCCUGGUGGGUUUCUUUGUUCCUGUUUCGAGGGUUACGAGUUUAACGACACUACUUGUAUUGAUGUCAACGAAUGUUCCAACAGCUCCAACAACAACUGUAGUCAGGAAUGUAAUAAUUUUGCAGGAGGAUAUAAUUGUUCGUGUUUCGAAGGAUUUGUUUGGAAUGAAACGAAUUGUGAAGAUACCAACGAAUGCUCAAACAGUACUUUAAACAACUGUAGUCAGAAAUGUACCAAUUUACCAGGAGGAUACAAUUGUUCAUGUUUUGAAGGAUUCUUUUCAAAUGAAACAAAUUGUCAAGAUAUUAACGAGUGCUCAAGCAGCUCUUUAAACAACUGUAGUCAGAAAUGUAACAAUUUUCCUGGAGGAUAUCAUUGUUCGUGUUUCGAAGGAUUCCUUUGGAAUGAUACGAUUUGUCAAGACGUUAACGAAUGCACAAACAUCUCUUUAAACAACUGCAGUCAGAAAUGUAACAAUUUUCCUGGAGGAUACAAUUGUUCGUGUUUUGCAGGAUUUGUUUUGAAUGAAACAAAUUGUGAAGAUAUCAAUGAAUGCUCAAAUAGCUCUUCGAACAACUGCAGUCAGAAAUGUAACAAUUUUCCUGGGGGAUAUAAUUGUUCAUGUUUCGAAGGAUUUGUUUGGAAUGGAACCUAUUGUCUUGAUAUCAAUGAAUGUGCGGAUAUCCUUUUGAACAGCUGUAGUCAGAAAUGUAACAAUUUUCCCGGAGGACACAAUUGCUCGUGUUCCUAUGGAUACAUUUGGAAUGGAACAGAGUGUGAAGACAUCAACGAAUGUGCGAACAGUACUCUUAACAACUGUAGCCAAGAUUGUUUUAAUUUGCCUGGAAGUUUUGACUGUAACUGUCAAGUUGGCUUCACGUGGAAUGGAACUACGUGCAAUGACGUCAACGAAUGUUCCAACACUACACACAGUCCUUGUCAACAAGAUUGUGAGAAUUCCAUCGGGAGUUAUCAGUGCGUGUGUUUUGAAGGAUAUAUCGCGAAUGGGACAAACUGUUACGAUAUCAACGAGUGUUUGAAUGCACGUUUACACAACUGCAGCCAAAAAUGUGACAAUUCACCUGGCGGUUUUAACUGUUCAUGUUUUGAAGGAUACGUUUGGAAUGGAACAAAUUGUCUUGAUAUCAAUGAGUGCUCAACUAACACUUUGAACAACUGUAGUCAAAAAUGUAACAAUUUUCCAGGAGGAUAUAAUUGUUCAUGUUUUGAAGGAUUUGCUUCGAAUGAAACAAUUUGUCAAGAUAUCAACGAAUGCUCAAAUAGCUCUUUGAACAACUGUAGUCAAAAUUGUAACAAUUUUCCUGGAGGAUAUACUUGUUCGUGCUUUGAAGGCUUUGUUUGGAAUGGAACCAAUUGUGUUGAUAUCAAUGAAUGUAUGAACACGUCUUUGCAUAAUUGCAGUCAAAAUUGUGACAACUACCCGGGCGGAUUUAGUUGUUCCUGUUUCGACGGCUACGAGUUUAACGACACUAUUUGUAUUGAUGUCAACGAAUGCUCCAACAGCUCUUUACAUAACUGUAGUCAGGAUUGUAAUAACUUACCUGGUUCUUUCAGGUGUAGUUGUUUCGAAGGAUUUGUUUCGGAUGGCAUAUCUUGCGCUGACAUUAAUGAGUGUCUUAACAACUCAUUGCACAACUGUAUACAGAAUUGUAACAACCAUCAAGGUGGCUUUAACUGUAGCUGUUCAGAUGGAUUUAAAGGGGAUGGAAUCCAGUGUGAUGACAUAGAUGAGUGUAAAAAUGACGUAACGCUCUGCAACGGAACAUGUAUCAAUAUCGAAGGAGGAUUUCGAUGUAAUUGCUCUGCAGGGUAUACUGCAAUAUCCAACUAUUGUUUUGAUAUAAACGAGUGCUUGAAUGAAACGGAACAUGGAUGUGAACAGGAUUGUGUGAACGGAAAUGGCAGCUACACAUGCGCAUGCUGGGAUGGCUAUGUUGCUGUUGAGGGGAAAUGCACACUGUCUGUAAACGAAAUAGGUGUCAGUACGGGAUCUUUGUUGUUUUCCGUACGAGAUCUUGACCAUCAAUGGGAUUCCAGUCUGCUAGACCGGACAUCUAUCUACUUCGGAGACAUCACACGGGAUUACCUAUCAAAUAUAUCGCUAUUGAUGGUAAAUGAACCAGAGUUCCGGAGUGUCUACAUCGUGAUGGCAAGGGCUGGGAGUGUUAUUGUUGACGGAGCUAUUGUAGCUUCGAAUGCUGCAAAUCUUACUCAUUUCGAAGGAAUUAUCCAAACAGCGGUCCAAACCUCGUCUCUCGGUAACAUCAAUGUGGAUCCAACUUAUCUGAUGUUAUCACAGGAAGUGGGUUAUAUCAGCCGUGUUACUGUCGCAAGCCCAACACACACCAUUCUCAGUGGUAACCACACUGAAGUCCUAUGUGAAAUCGAGGCUGUUGCGUUGCCAUCGAGACUGGAGGUAAAAUGGAAGCUAAAUGGUAUUGAUGUCGUUCCUCUAGCAAAUUCCCGUGUGCAGUCUGAAUUAAAUGCCGAUCCGGAAAACCCCGCCAGAUUUAUCAACAAGCUGACGUUCAAUCCUAUCAUCUUUCAGGAUGCAGGUAAAGCCGAAUGUUUUGUCAAGAUUGGAUCACUUUACGGCAAUGCCUCGGCGACGUUGGCAGUAUAUGACGUUGAUAUUCGACCUAAAUACGUGUCUGCAGAGCGAGGGAAAUCCGUCAACAUCACAUGCACUGUCCUAGGGACACACAUCAAUGGAAGUCUACCUGAUAUCACAUGGUGCAAGAAUGACAUCCUAUUGCCGUCAUCUUCGGAUGUAACCAGAACCUCGUCAGCAGAUAAUAGAACACACGUGUUGACAAUCGCGUCUUCCCAAGACUCGUCCGCUGUAUACGGCUGUGGACUUGCUAAUAGUGGGACACUUUGUCAAAUAGACAUGACACUGUUUGUAUACACACCAAGUGACAAGCCAUGCGAGAUUAACACAGAUGACACAGGUACUACCUGGAACAAAACGUUUCCGGGUCUUACUGCAUUUGGCGCAUGUCCAGCAGGACAAACAGGCAUUGCAUCACGAGAAUGUGUCCGGAAUGGCAAUAAUGGAAAUUGGGGGCCUCCAAAUUACUUACAAUGUGUCAAACAACAGCUAAGAAACAUAUCCGAUCAGGUAACUCAGAUACAGGCAGGUCUGGCUGUAAUUCCUCUGGCCGAUCUCCUGUAUGAUAUGUCCAAUGCGAUCGCUACCAUAGUUACGGGCGAUCAGCUGACUGUCGGUGACCUUGGAUCAAGCGUUAACAUUUUAGCUGGAAUCGCCAACAUUUCCGAGAAACAGCAGGCAAACAUCAGUGCUUCAGAAACAGAGGAAUUCGUUACAACAGUGGACUUGUUGUUGAAUGUCGGCUCUAGUGACACAUGGGCGUCUUUACAAACUAGUCAAGAAGAUGUGCCAGCAGCAUCCGUCAUGGAAGCAGUCAGUACAUUUGGAAAAACAGCGGUUAAAUCUUUACAGGAAGGAGAAUUGCAAAGCAUAAGGAAAAAUAACAUCGUGGCCGACUUUAGAAGGUCUACUGCGGAAACUAUUAAUUUCCCGUUCAACUCAACCGGAAGUGGAUCGCAGAAUGAUGUUGGAGGAUCCCUUGUCAUGCGCAAGGAAACUAUCACAAAUAGCCAAUUAGAUGGAGGGAAUGGCACAGUAGACUACGUAGCUACAUUUUACAAGACACUGUCUGACUUCAUACCUGUUGGUACUCAAGAGACUGGGCAGGUUGAUGGACAAAGAUUAGUGAGUGGUAUUUUAGCCCUAACACUGACAUCUGGUCCCCAGGAUAGACUGGACCCUCCAUUGGAACUCCAAUAUCAUCACACCGAGGAAUUUAUUGGUGAACGAGCCUGUGUGUUUUGGAACUUCAGUUUACCUAACGGAGGAGGAUGGUCCACAAAAGGUUGUGUGGUUGUCUUCUCAGACGCCAACAAUACCAAAUGUCAAUGUGAUCAUCUGACAAACUUUGCAGUUAUGAUGAGCCCCUAUACAAAUAAAGAGAGUAUUCAUCACAAUAUAUUGGGGAUGAUGUCCAUAGUCGGGUGUGCUAUAUCCCUUGCUGGUAUGGCUGUGACUAUUCUUUGCCAUUUACUCUGCUGGAGAUAUGUGAAAUCGGAUAAGUCAGCAAUCCUUGUGAACAUGUGUGUGGCACUCAUGCUUGCACUGAUCCUGUUCUUGGUCGGCGUAGAACAAACUGCAAACAAGACUAUAUGCACCAUCAUAGCAGUAUCAUUACAUUACAUUUUCCUUGCCGCGUUCUUCCUGAUGCUUACCGAGGGGAUCGCCGUGGCCAUGUCCGUUUUAUUUGUGUUCUCGUCAUCCUCUAAACUGCGGUAUCUGCUUCCAUUAGGCUGGGGAACGCCUGCAAUAAUAGUAGCUGUGUCUACAGGAGCCACACAAUUAAAAGGAUAUGGCAAUGAAAACUUCUGCUGGUUGUCUAUGAGCAACAGUGUUUUGCUCGCUUUCAUUGUCCCUGCUCUUGUCAUUAUUGUGGCCAAUUUUGUCAUAGCCAUCUUAGUAUUCAGAGCCUUAUUUUCAACUCGAGUGGUGAUGAAUAAAACGAAAAAGGGUAAAAUGAUGACUGCCGUAAGAAGCGUUGCUGUGUUAGCACCCCUUCUAGGACUCACCUGGAUCUUUGGAGUCCUUUCUGUUAAUGAGGAUACGGUUAUAUUCCAGUAUCUGUUUGUCAUCUUUAAUUCAUUACAGGGAUUGUUUAUUUUCCUUUUUCACUGCUUGCUAAGCAAAGUGAUGCGUGAUGCGGUUAGGAGAAAGUUCCCUUGUCUUAGAUUACCUUCACGUGACAGUAGUAAACUCGGCAAAUCAUCCAGCAGCGGCAACCGAUACAAGACAAACCCAACAUCAGAAUCUGAAGUUUCUGGAAAAAGGAAAAGUUUGGCUGGUCCACUGAUUGAUUCUGUGAAUGCUUUUGGAAAUCGUGGUUAUGAACCAGAUGAAAACGGUAAAACUUCAUUUUCAAAUGGUAAUGGUGUUUACAACCAAGACACAAAAAGAAAUAAUUCAUAUAAAAAUGGCAUCGGUGACUUGAAAACAAAUAAAAAAGACUCCUACGAAAGUAGACAGAGCAAAACACCAUACUUAACAGUAAAUAAGGAUGCCGACUCGGGAUCACAAGCAAGUGAUUCUCAACGAAAUUCUUCUUUGUCGGAUAGAAGUGACCGCUUCAAAUAUGUCCAGUGGUCAGACGAUGGACGAACUUCAGUGACCUUCAGACCAUCGCCAUUCGGUGGAAUACGGAAAUCUCCGUCAAAUUCCGGUGGAUAUGACCCUGCUCGUUUGUGAGAUACAGUUAUGUGUUAUUGUGACGUCAUACAAUUAUAAUAACAUGACGUAAAAUAAUAGAAAUAAUAGAGAUAACAGAUAAAGAACAAAAAUUACUUGAUGAAAAAUUACAAAAUUCCUUGCCAAAUAUGUUGUUCAGACUUUUUCAUGCGAGAAAUGUUUAAGCUACUGUCGAUAUGAUGUGAUCUUUCUUUCUAUAUCAUCUGUCGAAUAAUUUACCAUUUUUGUCACGUGAAUGGUUACUGGUGCUUUGCCGAGUCAGAAUAUAAAAGAACAUUGUGUAAACCUGAUGCCUUUACCUGAAAUAUUUGCCUGAUUUCGUUCACAAUAAAUACUCAACAGACUUGCUCAAGUCCCGUUCCUGUCGAUAAUAUGCUCAUUGAAAACUAUAAGUUGUUGUGAAAUAUGCAAACAAUAGCAUCAUGUAUCAUGUGAUCUGAGUGUUUAAAUGUGUUUCAGUAUUUCUGAGAUUUUUCAUGUCCCGUUUCUGAGAAGCAUUGCCUGAAAUUCUCUUGUUAUUUCAUUGUCUUAUUUUAAACCCAUUUUCAUUUAAACAUUUAAAAUUAGUAACCGUGUGACUUAGAUAAAUGAAAGCGUUUACAAGUGUAUGGUUUGCAUGUUCUCACGUUUAUAUGUACAUAAUCAAUGAAUGCGCUUAAUUUUGUCCUUGUGUAUCAAUAAUUAUGUGGGCUGGAUCCCGUUCAUGAUAAGACUUGUAAAAAUAUUUCUUAUGUAUUCAUGUAAUAUGUCGUUGUAUAAAAUGAUAUGACCUGAACGCCAUGAUAUGAUCUGGGCUAAUAUGAAAACUUUUGUCAUCGUUUAUAUAUUUUAUAGAACUUAGUAAAGGUAUAUACAUGUAUUACAUGUUAACCUUUUGACCACGUGUUAUGUAUAUGAUAUGGACGCGUUAAAUAUGCUCACUUGAAUUAUUUUAUUAAUAUGUUUGCAUGUAUAUCAAGCAAUAACUUUUAACUAUUAAAAUCGUUCGUUUUAAA